AUGUACGUGCUACGAUUAGCACUGCGAGCGUCCACGGGAAGACCUCCAGCACGAUUCAUCCGCGGCCGCCGCUACCCUUCACCACCACGAUUUCGAGCCUUUCAUACGACACGCACCCUCGCGCAGACUGGGCAGCCACCGUCGGGCUCAAACAACACUCCAAUUGGACAGAAUGACGCCAGCAACCCAGACUCGAACAAGGCAGCAGCGGAGGAGCAAGACGACACCACGGUAGCAUCAGAGGACCCCGAGCUUCUAGCGCAGAAGCUCCAGCGGUCGAGAGAAACGUCACGCAGAUACUCGGCCGCUUUGCGACGGCAAUCGAGGUCCAAGAAGGCGCAAGGGCUGCCGCCUGUCCACGUACCAGAUUGGUUUCUGAAGCGAAGAGUCACACGACGCGAAGACGUACUGGAAGAUGCCACACAGCGUCCCAAACCCGCCUGUCUUGCCGUCACCAUCUCUGAUACACAGUCAAGCGAGCAAGCAACAUGCUCCAUCCCGGCUUCUGGGGAUCUGGACGCUGCGCAGGUCUUGUCGCGGCUUGUGCGCGGCUUGUGGAUGAGACGCUUGGAUGACCAGGAGAAGCGCAAGCUUGAAAAAUACCUUAGCGAGAGAAGGACGCUUGUCGAAAAGACGGCUCUUAAAGAGACGAGUGCGAGCGCGGACGUGCAGGACAAGAAUGAGAUGAAUAAUGACAGCACUGCUCUGCCCCCCGCUCCCGAUGCGCAGUCACCUGCUGCAGAAGACAUAGAUUAUUCCGCUAUAGGGCGCCUAUGGAAAACAAUCUUUACGGACUCGUGGGCUGCCACGUACAAUGAGUCGGAGCAGACAGAGCGCCGCGACAUGUUCGCGCGACGCCUGCUUGACCUCGAGAAGCAGAUCAACAGACCCGAGACUGUACAGCACGACCCCACAUGGACAACUCAGCAGAAACGGGAAGCCAUGCUAGAGAAGAAAGAUGCCAGGCUUCAAAAGUGGUUCAAGAAGUCCAUGGCCUCCAGGAGAACAGCGCGUGUGGGCAUGCCCAAGUCCAUCUCGCCGUUGGUGCUCGCCGAGAUUCGAGCUACCGUGGCAGCAUCACUUUCUGCUCUGAAACCAUCUGGUGACCCCUUCCCAGCCGCAAAGACAAAUCUGAUCCUGCAAUCGCCUGCAAGCGAGCAAGAGCUGGUGAUAGAUGAUUACAUAGGCAGACUUGCAGACGAAUUGCAGUCCGACUUGAUCGUUCUGACUGCUCAAGAUCUUGCACAACUAGGGGGCGACUAUCUGGGAGAGGGUUCUGAACCGACGCCACAUUCGAUACGCUCACUUGGAUACGAGACGUAUCGCUGGAACAGAGACUUCGGUCGCGCUGUGGUCGAUGUACAAGAGUCUACUGAAGACUCCUCAGGAUUCGACUAUACUUCAUCGAUGGAUACACCUGGAGCUUUCAACGUCCGUGGUUUUGCUCUCCCUUUGCUAGACGCCCUCAAAACCUUUCCCUUGUCUCCCUUUGCAAGACUCGAAUCCUCUAGGUCUGCUUCAUAUGACACAAAUGGAAACGGAAACGCUAAUGCCAAAGUCGACGUUCUGCUAGACCCCAGCCGCACGCCUAGUCAAAGCGAGACUCAACUGGAGGACAUCAAGCUGGCGGCGCUAAUUGAUACCUUGCUCGACGCGGAUGAGGUAAAGAAGCGUCGCGAGCUGCGUGGGGGCGGAGCACAGGGCGUACCAUCUCAAAGCUCUGGUGCUACCACGUACGCUCCAGCUCCUGGAUUUUUCGAUUACUCCGUUGGUACCGAUGGCAAUGAACUCGAACUGAAUUCUGCACUCCCUAUGGUAGGAGCAAGUACUGGGAUCAGUAUGAAUGUUGGGAUAGGGCCUUCUAUGCAAAACUCACGGAUGCCUAAGCGACCAAAGAUAGUAUAUGUGAAGGACUUUAAAGAGCUCAAUGCUACUCAAUAUGGAGGUCGAAUCGUGCAAAAGCUAGAAGAACUGGUUCGAAAGCGUCGCGUCGCUGGCGAGAGCAUCAUGAUCAUCGGAAGUAGCUGCUCGCGGGAUCUAAUCCCAGAGCUGUCAGCUGAAACCAUCGUUAUUGAAGGAGACCCAGGGAUCGAACAGUCCACUCUUGACGAUACUGUCGCAGCAAUGACUGUCGCAAGCGCAAGUACCGAUAUGUCGCACCAUGAGAUGCUUAAAUACCGGAGCAUCAAUCUCUCUCACAUCCGUGAGAUGCUGAGGUCACUGGAUCCCGCUGCUGUCACCGAGCUCGCAGACGUAGAGAAAUCACCACAGCUCUUCAGCAGAUGGGCGACCAUAUUCCCUCCAUCAUACUUCAAUAGCGUAUUGACGUAUGACGAGGUACAUCGGAUAGCUUUGACAGCCCUUGGACUCUAUGUCACUAGCCCCGCGAGCAAGUUAGAAGGUACAGGAGACUCCGCAGGUCAGAUGAGCUGGGGACAUGUCAUUCUUGCCAUGGGCCUGAUCCGAGCGAGCGACGCUGUCAAAUACGCGUACUUCGACAAGCUUGGAGAGCUUGCCAGGAGGCCUCAGACCCUUGAUGAGCAAGUCGACAACUCGGAGCCUGGUGCUAAGCUGAAGGUCAAGAAGAGGCAAGACGCAAAGAGCAUGCAGCGCCAACGAGAACUGCGACUAAUUGCACAAACUGCAACGAAGCAUGAGAAGUGGCUGAUGCCUGGUAUUGCAGAUGCCGAUCAGAUCAAGACUACUUUUGAUCAGGUGCACGUACCACCAGAGACCAUUGACUCGAUACGUACAAUAACCUCGCUGUCAAUGCUGCGACCUGAUGCUUUCAGCUAUGGUAUUCUGGCCACCGAAAAGAUCAGUGGUGCACUCUUAUACGGUCCACCAGGGACAGGCAAAACGCUGCUCGCCAAGGCGGUUGCUAAAGAGAGCGGCAGCACAGUGCUCGAAGUUUCUGGAGCCCAGAUCAUGGGCAAGUUCGUCGGCGAGAGCGAGAAGAAUGUCGCGGCAAUUUUCUCUCUCGCGCAGAAACUGUCUCCUUGCAUUGUGUUCCUCGACGAGGCUGACUCAAUCUUCGGGUCAAGAGACGCUUUCGCAGAUCGCAAUGGUUCGCAUCGGCAGACUCUGAACCAGUUCCUCAAGGAAUGGGAUGGACUCAGCAACUCCCAAGUAUUUGUCAUGGUAGCGACUAACCGACCCUUCGACUUGGACGAUGCGGUUAUACGACGCUUGCCCAGGCGACUACUAGUCGAUCUUCCCACACAAGCUGAUCGAAAAGAGAUUCUACGUAUUCAUCUCAACGGCGAACAACUAGAUGAGUCUGUGGACCUGGACAAUCUUGCAAAGCGCACCCCGUUUUACAGUGGAAGCGACCUGAAGAACAUCGUCGUCUCCGCCGCGCUGGCUUGCGUCAAAGAAGAAAACGAACAAGCCGCACAAGCCGCACAAGCCGCCACAAAAGCCACACUUGAAAUCGAGGCACCCAAUCAACCCGAGACGGAACCCAAUAAGGACUCUCUUAGUGCGCCCACUCCGCCCACAGCCUCGCCUGAAUCGACUGCCGUUCCAACACCGCCGAAGGUCCUCCACCUUGUCCGCGGCCAAUCCUACACCUUUCCCGAGAAGCGCACACUCCACGUCCGCCAUUUCGACAAAGCGCUGCAAGAAAUCAGCGCCAGUAUCUCCGAGGAUAUGUCGAGUCUGAAUGCAAUCAAGAAGUUUGACGAGCAAUACGGAGAUCGGAAGGGCAAGAAGAGGAGAAAGGACUUUGGGUUUGGAGUUGCACCGGAAAGGAGUGAAAGUGCGGCGAGGGUGAGGUUGUAG